AUGGCAAUUGCCCCUGCAUCGUUGCUGGCAGUGGGGCCGACUUCGAUCCAGGAACCAACUGCAGCCCAACUCGGCAAGUCGGCGCAGCUUCAGCCCCCUCUUUCUCCGUUCUCCAGUCAAAGCAGCACUGGAGGGGGCAAGAGACAAGAGGGCAGAGUCACCGUCACAAUCACAAUCAAAGGCCGCCAAGGGCUGUCGAGUAAGGGGCCGAGGCUUGCAGAAACUGUCCUUCAACUUCCUCUCACCCCGUUACUCCAGAUGCCUCUGCGCCUUUAUGACGCCGAUGACGAUGUUGGCGGGAUUAUCCUCAUUAUCCGUGUCGAUGAUGGUUUGUUAUGUUGA